UACAGCUGAGGAGAAAAUAGUGCGCCGCAAAAUGGAGAGCCAUGACACGAAGGAGCCUGAGCAGCUCCGGAAACUAUUCAUCGGGGGCCUGAGCUUUGAAACGACAGAUGAGAGUCUGAGAAGCCACUUUGAGCAAUGGGGAAAGCUCACCGAUUGUGUGGUCAUGCGGGACCCAGCGAAUAAACGCUCACGAGGAUUUGGUUUCGUGACGUAUUCCUGCGUGUCGGAGGUGGAUGCUGCUAUGACGGCCCGCCCUCAUAAGGUGGACGGGCGUGUCGUGGAGCCCAAAAGGGCUGUUUCCAGAGAGGAUUCCUCUAAACCAGGAGCCCACCUGACAGUAAAAAAGAUAUUUGUGGGUGGGAUUAAGGAAGACACAGAGGAGUACCACCUGAGAGAGUAUUUUCAGAUCUAUGGGAAGAUUGAAAGCAUCGAAGUGAUGGAGGAACGCCAAACUGGGAAGAAGAGGGGAUUUUGUUUUGUCACUUUUGACGAUCAUGACACAGUGGACAAAAUCGUCGCUCAGAAAUACCACACAAUAAACUCUCAUAACUGCGAGGUCAGGAAAGCGCUGUCAAAACAGGAAAUGCAGGCAGCGUCCAAUCAGAGGAAUCGGGGUGGAGGUUCGGGAAACUUCAUGGGCAGAGGCGGGAAUUUUGGUGGCGGAAACUUUGGCCGCGGAGGCAACUUUUCCGGUGGAUAUGGAGGUGGCAGAGGAGGUUAUGGUGAUGGUGGUGGUGGCUACAAUGGAUUUGGUGGAGAUGGGAACUAUGGAGGGGGGCCUGGCUAUGGAGGAGGUCGUGGUGGGUAUGGAGGAGGUGGUGGCCCUGGGUAUGGAAACCAGGGCGGAGGGUUUGGAGGAUAUGAUAACUACAACGAUGGGGGAAACUUUGGAGGGAACUUUGGUGGUGGCGGUGGUGGUGGUGGUGGAGGAAACUACAACGACUUUGGGAACUAUGGCGGACAGCAGUCAAACUACGGCCCCAUGAAGGGAAACAGCUUUGGUGGGAGGAACUCGGGUGGACCCUACGGUGGUGGCUAUGGCUCUACUGGUGGAAGCGGGGGUGGCUACGGAUCCCGACGAUAUUAGUUGUUUUCUUUUAUUGAUUUGGCUACAGUUCUUAGCAGGAGGGGAUGUGAGCUGAGGAGUGGUCAGGAAAGCUGCAGGUUACUUUUUGAGGCAGUCGUCUGAGGGCAUAUAGAGGAACACUGAAGGAGCCAGGAGCCCUAGUCAGAAAAAAAGUUACCGCAGCUUAAACAGGAGGCCGGAUAAGGACUGUAUCCACUAGCUACAGAGUGCAAGUGUAGCUACCGAGUAAAGAAACGGUAUCUGUUAGAUGUACAUUCCUGAGGUCUCUGUUUGUAGAUUCCCCCCUCCCCUUUCUCUUUCAUUUUUUUGCAUCAAAAAAAGAAUUGCCCAUGUAUAUUGUGUUAGUGGUAUCAGGAAUAAAAAAACAAGGAACUCCUUUUAACUGAACAUGUGUAGCCAGUUCUUGAAUUGAGGUGUUUUUUGUUGUUGUUUUGGAGAUUGUUGUUAGUUUUGCAUGACUAUGCAUCUUUAUGUUACUUAUAAAUUGAAAUUGAGUUCCGUAUCAACACAUGAGAAAAAAGGUCAGCAGAUGCAUUGUAAGAUGACCAUCUAUUCUUUUUAAAUAACAAGCUAUUUAGUAAAUGAUUGUGUUUUUCAAUAUCAAGUGAAUCCUAAUUUGUGUUUUAAGUGUUAUGUGUGAUCAUUUUGAUUAGUGUAACACUUGACUAAACCUGAGUCAAAGCAGUUCAGAUGGUAUUUGGCUUCAUAUAAGGGCAUGUAUUCCACACAUGUAUAAAUAGAAUUCUAGAUUGUUAAAUAUUUUGACAAGUGAAAUCCAGAUUUAAUAAAGUUGUCUAGUAAAUUCCCGACUGAAGUAUAGUGCAUCAUUGGGUCAGAAGGAGGUUUUUUUGUUAUUAUUCUGUUGUACCUGUUGCAAUUAUGAACCACCGGAAUUUUUGUGUGUGUGUGUUUUUCCGGUUAUUUUUAUUUCCUUUGAAUUUUUUUCCUUUGAUUCCUGGCAACAGAGCUUCUGCUAGGCCUAGUGUGGAAUUCUUAAAUCUUCCAGAAGCAGUGUUACACAUGCUGGAUUAAUAACUCCACUUGACACUGCAGUUGGGCCUCAGUAGGCCAGUGUGGGAUGAACCCAGAUGGCUAAGACAGAGCUUCAGACCCAGGCCCCAGCACAGUGGACCAGUCCAGUCAGCAUGUUGUUACAGAACAGAGGAGGCAGCGUGGAGAUCCCAAACCUGCGAGGAAGGCAUGCGCUUGUCUGUGCCAGUAGCAGUCUUCUCCAGGCUAGCUGUACCCUUCCUGACGCUAGCGAAGAAAGACUAGCGAGUUUUCCCGGACAUUUUUGGAGUCCCGUUGAGUAAUAGCUACUACAGUUGGGCAGAAAAUGCACGCUAGGUCAUCAGGUUUCAGACCUAAAAGAGGAAGGGAAGUGAGUACAAGGUCUUUUUCAAACAGUAACAUACAGUUACCAGAAUUAAGAAGAUGGAGCAGUAACUUAGAGCCAGGUAAGAGUAAUUGCUUUGCUUGAUUUACAGAUUGGAAAAGAAGCAGUCUUCUUUAUGGCUGAAAAUCUAUUAUGACACGUAAACAUCGAAAGUUCUGGAUGGGUAAGGCUCCCCCUCCCCCACAAUGUAUACAAGUACACAAAGCACUCAUAAGAACAUUCAGAAUUUUCCACAAAUAUGCCCAUUAACUUGGAUGCACUGAAUAUACAAUAAAGUAAUUGAUGUUCACACGGUUUAGACUUGGCCAACCCAGUAUGUUAAAGGGUUUGCGAGACCCUCGCACUAAAACCAUCAUAUCCACAGUCAUUUGGAGAAUAUAUACUGAUGCAUACUGUAGACUGGCUCAAAUUCUUCCCUUGACCUUGACGAUACGUUUUUAUUGACAUAAUUUUAAUCUGAAGUGUAAACGAACUACAUGUAUACUGCAGUUUUCUUUUCAAUGUAUGACCACCAUUUUAAAGAGGACUCAAGUUUUCUCAUGACUUCUAGAGCUGCUGCUAUGCAGGAACAAUUUAAGGUAAGGCAGUAAGUUACACAACUGACAUUUAUUUAUUUAUUUAUUUAUUACAUAAAUGGUUGCAUUUCAUUAAAACAUUCAUUGCAUGCCUGACAAUUUUAAUAGUUUUGUGUUUUGUGCACCAAUCAAGAAAAUACUAUUUUAUAUAAAUAAAAUUUUUGCGCAUUGUAAAUAGAUUAUUAUUGUUAUUAUUAUUACUUGUGAACCUCUGUAUGUUACAGUCCAUUCAAGAAAGUACAGUAUAAAUAAGCUUUAUAUUGCCCUUUCAGGAGUGUCAUUGCACAAAUGAUAUAUUGUUUUCUCAGGGUCCAAGUGGUAUUUCUCUCCGUGUGAGUAGGCAUUCAAUCAUAGGUGGACAUAUUCAUAAUUUUCAUAAAGGCAACUACUGACUCACAAGAAGAAUCGGUCUCAGGAAUGCUGUUUUAUUAGUGUCUCAAUUUGUAAAAAAUAGUAACAUGUAUCACCAUUUUGUCCUCUAAAUUGGUACAGUCGAUGUAUAUAUUUUUUAUAUUACUGCAAUGUGUAACUACAAAUGUAACUAAUUGUAUGGAGGUUUUACUCUGCUUUCAUAGUAAUCUAUAUGUGAACACCUUUCAAGCCUUAAGUUUUCUGACAUGUUGGUAUUUAAUAAAAUAUUUCCCAAAAA